UGAAUUCAAGUCAUUCUCCAACCAAAAUCAAAGCUUCUUAUGGGCUUAACAUCAUUCCCUCACUCAUCAUCUCCAUCCCCUCCUCUUCCCCUCCUCCUCCUCCUCCUCUUCUUCCCAUCAUGCACCACCCUGAAACCAACCCUCAUUUCCACCGCCCAUUGCAGCCUGACCGCCGUCCUCAGCCACCGCUUCAAGACCCUUCUCUUCCACCACAGCCCCAUCCCGACCCAUAUUCCGACCCAACCACUCCAUUUCCGCCGCCGUCCUCAGCGUCCUCUGCCCAACCUACUAGUGGCAAGACACCACGUUCAAAGAAAAAUCGUCAAAACAUAUAUCCACCGCCGCCACAAUCCGGCCAAGGAUCACAAUCUCAAACACUUGACCCACCUGAGAAAGCGCCACGAUUGAAACGGCACCAUCAAAUUCCAUAUCCAGAGGCGGCCACGAAGUUACCGGAGCAAAAUGUGCAUCAAUCACGUCCUAGAGUGCAAAUUCAAGACCCAUCUGAUUCACAGGAGCCCCAUCCCCAUCACCGUCGAAGAGAUGAUGGAGAUGAUCACAACAGACGAAAUCAGCAGAACAUUCUUCUUAUGCCAUUGCCCCGCCAAACCAAUCCACUAAUGUGGUUUGGUGCAGUCUUUUGUGCAAUCUUUUGGGUGCUUGUAAUUGUUGGAGGCUUAGUAAUCCUCAUUGUUUACCUCAUUUUUCGUCCCAAAAGCCCACGGUUUGAUGUAGCCGCUGCCAAUCUAAACGCAGCAUAUCUCGACAUGGGGUACCUGCUAAACGCUGAUAUGAAUCUACUAGCAAACUUCACAAAUCCAAACAAGAAAGUUAGUGUGGAUUUCAGUUCAAUGAUCUUGGAUCUUUACUAUGGGAACACACUGAUUGCUACCAGAUUCAUAGCUCCUUUCUCAGCAUCCAAACAAGGAUCCCAUUUGGUGAAUGUUCAUAUGACGUCCAGUCAGGUAAGGCUACCCAUUUUAGAGAGUUUAAGGCUGCAGAAGCAAAUUGAAAAUAAUGGGAUAAAGCUUGAAUUAAGAGGGAUUUUCAGGGCAAGGUCCAACUUUGGUUCUCUGCUGAGAUACUCUUAUUGGCUACACAGUUAUUGCACUUUGAUUAUUGGUGGCCCUCCUGGUGGGGUUCUUCUCAGAAUUAAAUGUAAGACAAAACAUUGAGAAUUCAUCUAAAGAAGUGUUAUGAUUUGGGUCUGAUUGUCUCAUGGAGUUUGUUUUUUUGGUUUUUUGUUCUUUUUUUCUUCUUGAAUCAUCUGGAUAUGAAGGAUUUGCAUAAGUUUUCUGGCUUCUUGGGGGAACAAAUGGCAUUAACAUAGCUGAAUUCUGGCUAAAUUCUGUUUGUAUUUGGUUUCCUGGGGAUGAAAUGUAACAAAGACUUAGCAUUCUGAGA